CGAAUGGAUACCGACCGUCAACAUCAUCAGACUCGAGCGAGGGGAGCAGAUCCGACUUGAAUUUAACCGAUUGACGCCAUAACAGAGGUAACCAUGGCGACGAGGGGUCAUUCCUCUUGCUCCUCGAUGAGUAACCACACCAAGGAGAGAGUGACCAUGGCUAAGGUGACCCUGGAGAACUUCUACAGUAACCUGAUAUCCCAGCAUGAGGAGAGAGAGAUGAGGCAACAGAAGCUGGAGAGGGUGAUGGAUGAGGAGGGACUGCCUGAUGAGGAGAAGUGUAUGCGGCGCUCCCAGCACGCACGUAAGGAGACAGAGUUCCUGAGGCUGAAGAGAACCAGGCUGGGAUUGGAAGACUUUGAGUCCCUCAAGGUGAUUGGUCGAGGAGCCUUUGGAGAGGUGCGUCUGGUCCAGAAGAAGGACACAGGUCAUGUCUAUGCCAUGAAGAUCCUGCGCAAGGCUGACAUGCUGGAGAAGGAACAGGUGGGCCAUAUCCGGGCUGAAAGGGACAUCCUGGUGCAGGCAGACAGUCUGUGGGUGGUCAAGAUGUUCUACAGCUUCCAGGACAAGAUGAACCUCUACCUACUCAUGGAGUUCCUACCUGGAGGUGACAUGAUGACAUUGCUGAUGAAGAAGGAUACUCUGUCAGAGGAGGAGACUCAGUUCUAUGUGGCUGAGACGGUCCUGGCCAUAGACUCGAUACACCAGAUGGGCUUCAUACACAGAGACAUCAAACCUGACAAUGUACUGCUGGACUCCAAGGGCCAUGUGAAGCUAUCAGACUUCGGCUUGUGUACAGGGUUGAAGAAGGCCCAUCGGACAGAGUUCUACAGGAACCUCAACCAUAGCGUUUCCAACGACUUCACAUCUCAGUACAUGAACUCCAAGAGGAAAGCAGAGACCUGGAAGAGGAACAGACGACAGCUGGCUUUCUCCACUGUGGGAACUCCAGACUACAUCGCCCCGGAAGUGUUCAUGCAGACCGGAUACAACAAGCUCUGUGAUUGGUGGAGCCUGGGGGUCAUCAUGUACGAGAUGCUGAUUGGCUACCCCCCGUUCUGUUCGGAGACGCCCCAGGAGACAUAUAAGAAGGUGAUGAACUGGAAGGAGACUCUGGUGUUCCCUCCGGAAGUCCCCAUCUCAGAGAGGGCCAAGGAACUCAUCCUCAGGUUCUGCUGUGAGGGAGAUCAUCGGAUCGGGGCGACAGGGGUGGAGGAGAUCAAGAGAAACCCAUUCUUUGAGGGAGUCGAUUACGACCACAUCAGGGAGAGACCUGCAGCGAUCCCCGUGGAGAUCAAAAGCAUAGACGACACAUCAAACUUCGACGAGUUCCCUGAGUCGGACAUCCUCUCACCCACAGCUGCAGCAGCACCCACCAAGUCUCCAGCAGCAGCAGCUGCAGCGGAGGCUGACUAUAAAAAUAAGGACUGGGUCUUCAUCAACUACACCUACAAGCGAUUCGAGGGCCUGACAGCCAGGGGAGCCAUCCCUUCCUACAUGAAGGGAAGCAAGAGAUGAACUCUGACCCUAUAACCUGUGCUGCAAUGACCCCCUGAUUCCCAUAUCCCCCGCAGCACCCAGAUACCUUCACACAACGGUUCAGUUUCAUAAUACAAAUAUGUUUUUUUUUUUUUACAAAAUUCAACUGUUAAGCUGUUCUAUUUCCUGCAGGCCUUCUGAACCAGGAUUCUGAGAAAUCUGGUUGAACCAACUCUAACCAGUUCAUUAUACCCUGUGGAUACAUGGUUGUAACCACAGUUUGGCCUUCUGUGACUUAGGGCCCAGUAACCGGGUUUCCCGGAUGUGAAAACCACCAUUCUUCUUUCACUGUCAAUGCAUGUUUGGAUGAAUUAUCAGUAAAAUUUUUACAGUGUGUAACAAUAACUCAUCUCAAAUAUGCUUUCUCGCUGUGUAGGAAGAAUGUCAAUUUUAUCUUCGAUACCAGGAUAGCAGUUUUGAUUGAAUAGGGCCCAAUUUCUCAGAGCUGAAGCCCGGCUCUUACUUUCCCACCAGCACUGAACUCUGAUGUACAGCCUUAUAGCUGUCCCCUUGUGUCCCUCCAGAACCUUCUCCCCACUCUUCUCCUCAGCCUGUCAUACGGUUAAUAGGGAAACGUCUCUACUGUUCUCUAGGAAGCUGGCAGGUUCACAGCAGUCUGUCUCACUACCCCUGUGACGUCAUUAGAUCACCGCUUGCCUCAGAGAGAGGAGUUCUAACAAUGCUAUUUUUAGCAUUCUAUUUCUGUGAUUCCUGUGAUGUCAUCAGUCCGAGUGAGUGAGAAUGUUCAACAAAGGACGGAAAAUUCCAUGGUAGUCUAGCUACUCCUCAGUAAGGGGUUUAUUGAGGAAGCACUUCUCCAUCACUGCCUUUGUUGGUUGUCUCAACUUUUAAUGUGCCCUGUUAUUUCUUUUAUCAUUUUGUAAUGUAUCAUUUUCAUAAUACAGACGUUUUCAGAAAGGUUCAUUCGAAUGCUUUGUUGGAUUGAAAUAGUACUAGUCUUCAGGGAUAUAACUAAUGCUGGUUGUGUGUGUAUGUUGAGCUGUCUGAAUGACACUACCUUGAGACAUCAUGUCCAUUUUAUAUGCCUUACCCAAAGAACUCCAAGAGCUGUACAUUAGUUUUAAAUUGGAAUCCCCCUUUUUUUGUUUCAUGUUAAAUUGUUUGUAUGCAGGAUGGAAUGCUCUAGACUUUUUGCUCACCCGACAGUGCUUGAUUUUUUUUACAGCUGCUCUUUCUAAAGCUGGUAUUUAAUGAAAGGCUUCUCAUGUUACGUUUUUUUCCCCAUAUAGUAUUUUUAACUCAAAAAGGAACCACUGUUUUAUGCACAAUGCUGGGGAUUUAUGAAUUUCACGUACAUUUAAAACUUCAGCAAAUAUGAAAUAUAGAGCUUGAACUUUCACAUAUAUCUGUGUUAAAGCACUUUCAGCACUGUUAGUGUGUGUAUGUGCGUAUUAUGUAAAAAAGGAAAACAAACUUGGCCUCACUUUACACCUUCCAUGAGUAACUACAGGAUAGCUUUUACUAGAUGAACUACUGCAGUCAGGUAGUAGUAGGCCUAACACUAACCAUUUGUUCUCACUCUUUUAUUUUUCAAGAGACUAAAAUGGUAUGUGCUAUAGAACUACUUGUACUUAAAUGUAAUUACAUAGAUUAUUCCCACAUAGUAACCCAGUAGUAAUACCUGUGUAAAGUGAUGCAACAUUUUUUCCCCAGAUAGACGACUGAAUGAUGUUGACGGUUAGUUCUCCACUCGUUCUGAUUUUCACUCGAGUGCUUUAAGGUCUUUGUACCCGCUGGAGAAGUAAACUCUGAGCAGCUGCUUAGCAUGAUAGACUCUUACUAGUGUAAUGCUGUUUGAAAAGGUGCAGAUGCCAAAUAGGCGGUACAAUAAUUCCCAUUACGUCUGCUUAUGUUUUUUAAAAUAGCCUAUAUUUUGUAUCAAUGCUCACACCAAGCUGUUCCUUUUGAACAAGGAAAAAUAUUGAUAUGCAAAUGAGUACAUGUAUAAACCGCAGUCAUUUCUCUGCUGGGUGACACAUAUACUAUGUAUAGAUCUGUGUGUGUAUGUGUGUGUAUCUUAUUGAAUCCUUCUGUAUGAGGUUUGAAUGUUUUCAGCUCAACUAUAUUUCUCAGCAAAGGAGAACACAUGUUCACUAUGAGAAAAAAAGCUUUAAAUGCUGAGAAAUUAUUUAAUCUUUCAAUAAAACAUUUGUACAAUUC